AUGGACUUGUUAUCGCUUGAAGUGCUGUCCGAGUGCACGUUCUUUCCUCAUGACUACAUGCAGCAGUACAAGCGGCAAGUGAACGAGCUCAUGAAGCACACGGAAAAGUUACUGGAAGACCAAGAAGCACUCGAGGCGGACGGGGAGGAAACGAUCGAGCUCGAGGAUAGCGACGUGCACGUGAUUACAGUUCCCAGUCAGACAGUGUGGCAGAACCUCUGCGCACUCGAAGACUUGCGUAAUCUGCUGAAUGAGACGCUGGAAAUGUAUCAGCUGAAGGUUCAGGAGAGUGUUGCGCUUGUGCGUGCUAAUUCAGUACUGAAAAGGAUGUCAAGUAGCUCUUCAAUUGUACCCUCGGACGAGUGCAGCAGCUCUUCGGAAGACGUAGACGAGGCGGAAGAGACGGGUUUUCAGGAUGUAAAACCUGUCAAAAGCCGAAAAGCUGCAGAGGCGCUGAAUAACGACGUGACGCAGAGGGUGCAGAACGCACUGAAGAAUCACGAGGAGUUUGAGCGAUUUAAAGCGAUCGCUCUAGAGUUUGGGUUGGGCAACCAGUCAGUGGAGGCCUUUUACGGUUAUCUGGCGCAGCACAUCCCACCUCCGAUAUUGGACUCGAUUGCUCUGGACUUUGCUCGGCUGCUACCUCAAGCGGCACAGAGAGUACCGUUACUAAAGGCACACUAUGAACAUAUGCAAAAAGAUUUGGCGAGACCGAGCAUCGCCUCGUUUCGCAAUAAGAGCUACAGUAUGGCGUCUUCGUCACGAAUCUCGGCUUCAUCCAUUGGCUCUAGUGACGAAGAAGAUGAAGAAUAUCCUUCUACGAUCCGACUUCGGUCGUUCAAUCACCUUGUUUUUGUUAUCCACGGGAUCGGACAGCAUAUCGACUUUCGUGAUGGAGAGUUCAAGUCCUGGACCGAGCAGACGGGGAUUGAAGGUGGCAACCAUGCCUUUCGCGACAUUUUCCGUGGAAUGCUCGAAACAACGUUUCAAGAUAUUCCGAUGGCCCUUGAAAUGCAGUCCAUCGAGUGGCACGAAGAUCUUCACGAGCCUACGGGCUUGGACAAUAUUUUCGAUUUGAUCUCUCCAGAAGGAGCGUCAGUCAUCCGAGAGUUUAAUAAGGAGACUUUCAUGGACGUGCUUUACUAUUUGUCACCACGGUACGGACAACUGAUUGUGGAUUCGGUUACCCAGCAGCUCAACGACAAGUACCGUAUCUUCAUGAACGAACACCCGAGCUGGGACGGCAAAGUAUCAAUAUUUGCUCACUCGCUUGGCUCAAUGAUUUCGUACGAUAUCCUGACACACAAGCCGGGAGAAGUCGCCAGUAAUGGCGUGUGUUUUCCUGGUCUUGAAUUCGAAAUUGACAAUUUCUUCGGUGUCGGAUCCCCGGUGGGAGUAAUGAUAUUGGCCAGAGGGGACCUCAAUAUUGAUGAGGGUAAGUUCACGCCUGGAAUCAAGAUUCCUGCUUGCAGACGGUAUUUCAAUGUUUACCACCCGAUCGACCCGGUCGCAUACCGCAUUGAACCAUUGAUUAAGCAAGAAAUGCAUGACAAGGAACCAGUGCAAUUAUUGCAGUAUAGUGCGGUGAAAGGUCAAGCAUUCGGUCAAUUGCAGGAGGAAUGGGAGGGUUUAACAAGUCCAGUGCAUGGGUUUCCGUAUCGCCAUGACUACGUCAUGCGACGUCGAAAACAUGAACAGGGUAUGAUGGAAGUAGCAUUUGCGGCUGCCUCCCACUCAUCGUAUUGGAUGAGUGACGACGUCGUCCUCUUCACCCUCAUGCAGUUGUGUCAUCCAGUGGUUGACAUCCUGCACCGGUACAUGAGUGCUCGGGUCCCUCUGCCAAAACUUGCGAGGAAUAUCGUGGAGCUGACGCCGCACACCACGAUACUAUUGUCAGCGACAGCUCUCGUGCGCGAUCGAUGUACGGGUCUAUCGCGUGAGCAAAUCGUUUUAAUCGACAAAGAUCGCCUAUAUUUCCUGCCACGGCUCAACGAAGUUGCCUGUCGUCGGAAGUGGCGACUUGAGUUGACCGCGACGACAAAAGUUAUGUGCGGUGAAGACUCAUUUACGAUGAAGAUUAUUCAGAGCCAAUCAUCUACUGUAGCGUGUGAAACCACUGCUCCACUCGCCACGAGCAAUGCCACCCUUGAUGACGAACACAUUUUUAAGGCUUCGUCAAUGCAAGUUCGGGAUGCGUGGAUGGAUGCAAUAGUUAAAACGAUUGCUAGAGUUGCUCCUGACCCGUUUGGUGGCAAGGCGUCUCGAGAUACUGUAAACCUUGUCGAUCUCCCAACCGGAAAGAGCAUCGAUUACUUUAACGCAACCAAGGCUGGUUUUGUAAAAGAAAAAACCAUCAAUGGGUGGUAUGAUUCGUGGAAUGACCGAUGGCUCGUGCUGGGAGACGACCAUUUAUCUUGUUACGAAAACUCGCCAAAGCUUGACUUUGCUGGGCAAUUCUCACUUCAGAAAACAAAGGCGUUCUGUUAUGAGCGCGAAUAUCUAAUUCGAGUAGUCGCUCGUCGAGGAGCUGCAUGCGAGAUGCGAGUGCUAGACCAAGAAUCGUUUAACCAAUGGGUGGAAGUGCUUGAAAGGAUCCCCAUGGUGAACAUUAUUCAUCACAAAGACUUGCUAGAAAACAGUCCGUCUUCGGUGCUGAUCAUGAACGAAGGCUCGAAGGGGGACUUUGAUGGAGACCAGAGAGCAAACAAAGCGGGUGAAUGGCUUAAGACCAAGAUCGAAGGAUACAAAAUCAAGCAGGAUGAGAACUAUCAAGAGUAUGUGACUUUCGUUAUCCAAGUUGCGUCAUCUACUGCAGGUAGCAGCGUCGUUCACCGACGAUAUUCCGAGUUUGCCGAUUUGCACCGCCAGUUGCGAAAAAUGUUCCAACAUGAACAGAUACCCGCAUUACCCGGGACACGGAUGUGGAACAAGUUUGAGCCCAAUUAUUUGAAGCAGAAGGUGAUCGGGCUUCACGGCUACCUCAGCGAAGUAUGCAAGCGGUGUGCCAACACACGGGCUCAACCACUGUUUCUGGAGUUUUUGGAGCUAGCACCACCAGUUUUUCUGGAGACGAAGAUGCUGUCGGAGAAAGAGGACUCGGAUCAUUAG